GCAGUUCAUGCGGUCUGACGGCACCGUGUAUCCUCGGGCUUUAACUGGUCUCUGUUCGAAACAGCAGUUUAUCAUUGAACGUUUAGUACAGCAAGCGCAUUGGUCUGGUCUUUUUCCUAGCAAUAAGCCUGCCGGCUAUGACCCUAAUGUAGAACGAAGUGGUUACAAAGCUUAUAACCGCUAUUGGGAAAAGGACAGCGACAUGUAUAACAGGCGGCUGACAACUUUGCCUGGAAGUUUUUAUUAUAUACGACGUUAUUAAAG